GGUGGGGGGAACCUGGGCCUGUGGGUUUAUAUGAUAUAGUCUACCAUGGGGGUAGGCGAGCUGCUUUGGAGCCAGUUCUGGGCUUGCUUAUUCUGAACCUUUUCAUGUAUAAAUACGCUUCCGUCCCCCCCGCCUCUCUCUUCUUUCCUCUCUUUCCACCACCAACCCUACAAACCUUGUAGACUACCAGCUAUGGCCCCAAAGAAAUCUGGCCCUCGGGGGCCCUCAUUCUCCCGGCCACCUUACCAGCUCUCCGCUGAUGAGCUUGCCCAAGAGCUCGGGACAAACCUUGAAACAGGGCUUUCCCCCUCCCAGGCCAAACAGGGCCUCGACCAGUAUGGCGAAAAUAAGCUUGAAGGGGGCGAAGGAAUUCCAGUGUGGAAGGUAUUAAUCAAACAGAUCAGCAAUGCCAUAAUUAGGGUACUUAUCAUUGCCAUGGCUCUGUCCUAUGGAGUCAAAGAUUGGAUUGAGGGUGGCGUUAUUACUGCCGUUAUCUUUCUGAAUGUCACCAUCGGCUUUUUCCAGGAAUACAGAGCCGAGAAAACUAUGGAUUCUCUACGAAGUCUCUCUAGUCCCACCGCCGCGGUUUUGCGAGAUGGAAACCUCGAUCAUGUUGCUAGUAUUACGGUCGUGCCUGGUGAUAUUGUUGAGCUUAAGACUGGAGACGUUGUCCCCGCCGAUUUGAGACUUUUCGAAGCGAUGAAUUUUGAGACAGACGAAGCUCUCCUCACGGGAGAAUCUCUUCCUGUCCCCAAGGAACCCGAACCCCCAAUUGAAGGUGAGGUUGGUGUUGGCGAUCGAACAAACAUGGCUUUCUCUUCGUCCACUAAGCACGGAAAUUUCCAACCUAAGCUUGCAAAACUGGCAUACUACCUCUUGCUUUGCGCUGUUGUUCUGGCAAUUAUUGUAUUUGCAGCAAACAAAUUCAGGAUUCCUCAUGAGGUUGUCAUUUACGCAAUCUCGCUCGGUAUUGCUAUUAUCCCAGAAUCCUUGAUUGCCGUCUUGACGAUCACAAUGGCUGUUGGCAUGAAGACUAUGGUUAAACGCAAAGUUAUCGUGCGCAAACUUGAUGCACUUGAGGCGUUGGGAGGUGUGAGCAACAUUUGCUCCGAUAAGACUGGAACUCUCACCCAAGGAAAGAUGAUUACCCGCAAAGCCUGGAUCCCCGGUUUAGGUAUGUACACGGUCGAUCGAACCGAAGAAGCCGCAAAUCCCACUUCAGGUGAUUUCGAGGAUGGUGUUCUCCCAGAGAUUGUUCCGGAAUUGGAAGCAUUCCUUCACUCAUCCGCUCUUUGCAAUUUAGCGACUGUUAGAUUCGAUAAUACUAAGAAACGGUGGCAAGCCACUGGUGAUCCAACUGAGAUUGCUCUUCAAAAUACCCAUUCGACAGCGACGUCAAGAGAAUGUCUGUCAUAUUUCAGGAACCCAACAACGGGCGAUAUUUUAUCUUUGCAAAAGGUGCUGUUGAGAGAAUUAUUGAUCUUUGCACAUUUGUUGAUGACGGUCCUCGCCGACCAGGGUUUACGUGUCCUAGCCAUUGCUCGCCGUGCCAUUGAUAGGCCACCAGCAGAUUGGAACGGAUUUCCUCGUAACGAAGUUGAGCAAAACCUCACGUUGAUGGGUCUUGCUGGGCUGUAUGACCCACCUCGACUUGAGACCAAGGAUGCCGUUAGAAAGUGCACAAACGCCGGCAUCCAGGUUCAUAUGUUGACUGGGGACCAUCCAAGCACCGCCCGGGCCAUUGCCCGUGAAGUUGAUCAACUCCCGGCUCUGCCAUUCGUUAUUGCCCGAUGUGCGCCAAAUACCAAGGUUCGAAUGAUUGAUGCUCUUCACCGCCGUGGCCGAUAUGCAGCGAUGACGGGAGAUGGUGUCAAUGAUUCCCCAAGUCUUAAAAGAGCUGAUGUUGGAAUCGCUAUGGGUCUUGCAGGCUCAGAUGUUGCGAAAUCGGCAUCUGAUAUUGUGCUCACCGAUGACAACUUUGAGAGUAUCGUCAACGCUGUCGAAGAGGGUAGAAGAAUGUUUGACAACAUUCAGAAGUUUAUCCUUCAUCUCUUGGUUUCCAAUGUCGGAGAAGUCAUACUUUUGAUCAUUGGUCUUGCAUUUAGAGAUCGAGAUAACUUCUCAGUGUUCCCACUCGCGCCUUUGGAAAUCCUCUGGAUCAACAUGCUUACGAGUUCCUUCCCUGCUUUCGGGUUGGGUUUGGAAAAAGCUACUUCGGAUAUCAUGAGACGCCCUCCCCACGAUACCAAAGUCGGUGUCUUUACCAAGCAGAUUCUAGUGGAUAUGGUUGUAUAUGGUACCAUUAUGGGAACUUGCUCGCUCUGUACUUUCGUCAUUAUCGUCUAUGGAGUCGGAACCGGAAAUCUUGGUGUCAACUGCAACUCCAGAUACUCUUCCGAGUGUGACCUUGUUUUCAGGGCUAGAGCUGCUGUCUUUGCGCAGUUGACAUGGUUAAUCUUGAUCUCAGCGUGGGAAUUCAAGAGCAUCCGACGAAGCAUGUUUAGAUUUGAUCCCUAUCAGGCCGAACAUAGGUUUCCAUUCUUUAGAGACGCGAGUACUCCCAAAGUUUACCGAAACAAGUUCUUGUUCUAUGCUGUUGUUAUCGGCGCAGUCUCAGUUUUCCCCGUUGUCUAUAUCCCUGGUCUCAACACCGGUGUCUUCAAGCACAAAGGUAUUACUUGGGAAUGGGCACUCUCCUUUGGCGCAAUUCCCGUCUUCGUCUGUGGGGUUGAGGCAUGGAAGUUCAUCAAGCGAAAGUACGGAUUGUUCAACAACCGCGAAUCCGACAGAGUCAAGAAGGACGCCUCACUGAGUCUCCGACAAGGGUUCUUCACUAUGGCAAAGACUAUGACCCGAACUAGUUCUGCGGGUAUAUCUCGAAGCACUACUGUGGAGAAGCGAUCGCCAGUUAAAGGUGAUGAAAUGAUUUGA